AUGGUGCUCUUCACUGGCAAGAGGAGAUUGGUGGUUAAACCCCCCACCAUCUACAACACAGUACUGGGCUUCUCAGAAGACGUAAAGUACCUAGGUCUAUGGAUCGACAGAAGACUCAGCUGGAAAAAACACAUCAAUAUGCAAACCAGCAAAGUCAUAGGGACAUGCUGGGCUUGCAACAGGAUGUUUGGAAGCACUUGGGGGCUAAGACCGAAGGUCGUAAGAUGGAUCUAUACAGCUAUCAUGCUCCCACAACUAACCUACGCAGCUGUUGCCUGGUGGCCGGCCAUGUACAAGGCCUGCCACAGGAAAACGGUCGAUAGACUGGGGAGGCUUGCUCUGCUCGGAAUUACGGGGGCGCUCAAAACGACUCCACCCUCGGCAUUGGAAGCGUUACUAUUCAUGCAGCCGCCACACCUCAUCAUAAGAGAUGUGGCGCUGUCAACAGCAGCCAGGCUGCAGCUAACAGGCACCUGGAGGGAAGCCAGGAAGGGGCAUGCUUCGCUCCUCACGGAGGAGAGGGUGCUCCUUGGUUCACUGUCCAACGGGGGAGACGCAUACAAAACUGAAUGCCACCCUCACAAGAGAUUCAAGGUUAACCUAAGCACUGCGGACACGCAUGCGUGGGCGGCCUCUAAAUGGUCGCCACCUCACGGGCUGGUCUGGUACACGGACGGUUCCAAGAUGUGCGGCCGAGCGGGGGCAGGAGUGUGGUCCGAUCGACCUUCCGUUGAGAAGGCCCUUGGACUGGACCCACACGCCACCCCGGCUCAAACAGAAUUGGCUGCCUGGAGAGCCUGCGCCAGAAUCAUACUGGCCAGGCAGCACAAAGGCAAGGCAAUACACACCUACUCGGAUAGCAGGCAGGCACUAAGGGCCCUACUCAAACAUGAGAGUGGCUCCAGGUUGGUAAACGACUGCACAGAGUUGAUGGAUGGAAUUGCAACCUGCAACAAAUUAAAGGUGUCCUGA